AUGAAAUUCACCUACUGUUUCCCCUUCGAUUAUCAAAUCGUCAUCCCCUCUACGACCGACCCCAUUUACCUCCCGAUGAUUUUUUUACCCUUUUUCAAAGACCAAUUUUACGCCAACCUCCACUUUCAUGUUCAUCCGUGCAUCUACGAUCCACAGGUGACCGAGGACCAGAUCCAGCACGAUCUUGCAAUGAACAAAUUCGAUUGGGAUCACCCGAUCCACCUCCAGCCAAUGAGCCCAACAGCAGUGAAGGAGGUGACAGUGACCUGGGAUGCUUACGAGGCCACCAAGGGGGCCCAUGGAGUAUGCAUCCUGACUGAGUGGGAUGAGUUUAAGACACUGGACUAUGCUAAAAUCUACGCGAACGUGCAGAAGCCUGCCUUCAUCUUCGACGGUCGCAAUGUGGUAGACCCUGAGAAGCACAGGCAGAUUGGCUUCAUUGUUUAUUCUAUUGGAAAGCCACUGGACCCGUGGCUUGCAGAUAUGCCUGCUGUGGCCUAA